AUGAGCUCCACUGUUGGACAGGUGAUCAACUGCAAGGCUGCCGUUGCUUGGAGUGCGAAGUCUCCACUUUCUAUUGAAACUAUUCAAGUGGCACCACCAAAAGCUCAUGAAGUUCGAGUAAAAAUUCUCUACACUGCUGUCUGCCACACCGACGCGUACACUCUCGAUGGACAUGACCCAGAAGGACUCUUCCCAGUUGUUCUUGGACACGAAGGAUCUGGAAUCGUUGAAAGUGUUGGAGAAGGUGUGACCGGAUUCUCUGUUGGAGAUCACGUUGUUCCAUUAUAUGUCCCCCAAUGCAAAGAAUGUGAAUAUUGCAAGAAUCCAAAGACAAAUCUUUGCCAAAAGAUCAGAAUUUCUCAAGGAAACGGUUUCAUGCCUGACGGAACAUCCAGAUUCACUUGCAACGGAAAACAACUCUUCCACUUCAUGGGUUGCUCCACCUUCUCUGAAUAUACUGUAGUUGCUGAUAUCUCACUCUGUAAAGUGAAUCCAGAGGCUCCAUUGGAGAAAGUCUCUCUUCUUGGAUGUGGAAUUUCGACAGGAUACGGAGCAGUUUUGAAUACUUGUAAGGUCGAAGAGGGAAGUACUGUAGCUGUUUGGGGUCUUGGAGCUGUUGGAUUGGCUGUGAUUAUGGGCGCAAAGGCUGCUGGUGCCAAAAGAAUCAUUGGAAUCGAUUUGAUUGAAUCGAAGUUUGAAUCGGCAAAAUUCUUCGGAGCCACUGAGUGUAUCAAUCCAAAAAAUGUUCAGUUGGCCGAAGGAAAGAGCUUCCAAGCAUGGCUUGUUGAUAACUUCGAUGGAGGAUUCGACUACACUUUUGAGUGUAUUGGAAAUGUUCAUACUAUGCGUCAAGCUCUUGAAGCUGCCCACAAAGGAUGGGGAGUCUCGUGCAUCAUUGGAGUCGCAGGUGCCGGACAAGAAAUUUCCACUCGUCCAUUCCAGCUUGUCACUGGCCGCACAUGGAAGGGAACUGCUUUCGGUGGCUGGAAAUCAGUCGACAGUGUUCCAAAGCUUGUCGAAGAUUACUUGAACAAGAAGCUUCUUAUCGAUGAAUUCAUCACUCAUCGGUAUCAUAUUGAUGAGAUCAACACUGCAUUCGACGUCCUUCACAAAGGAGAAAGCUUGAGAUCCGUAUUGGCUUUUGAGAAGAAAUAA